GAUUGUGUCUCUGAAAUCUCUACCCAAGGACUCUUGUGUUUACAUCAUAUCCUGCCAAGAUUUUCUCUUUUCUUGCGUAUCCGCCGCUCUCAGAGAAACGGCAAGCAAGAAGAGCAGACUGGAGGGGAGGAUGGAUGGCAAUGAGCCGGACUGGUCCCUGCUUCCUGACAGCCUCCUCCUGCACAUCUUUACCCACCUGGAGUUCAACGACACACCCAUAAUAGGCCUCGUUUGCAAGUCUUGGCUGAGAGUGAGUCGGGAUGAGUUUCUCUGGAAGCAUUUCUUCUACAAGGACUUCCAGGUGGACCCCAGUGUUCCCAUCAUGCCAGGGAGAAGUUCAUGGCGUGGGGAGUACAAGCGGCUGGUGGAGGGCACGGCAGUGGUGGAGACGCAGGAGAUCUGUGAGCACAACCACCAGGUGCUACACGUCUCCUUCUCUCACAAGGGGGAUAUGUUUGCCACCUCCUCCAAGGACGGACACAUCAUCGUGUGGACAAGCAGUCACCCGGCACAGAUCAAAUACUACAAGGAUAUGAAGAUUCAUUCCUGGAAGUACACUCAGUUUUCUCAGUUCAACAGCUCCGACACUCUCCUGCUGGUGUCUGGCGUGCACUUUGGAACAUACAACAGCACUUCAGGGGAGAUAGCUGUCUUUGACCUGGAGAGAGACUUUGAGCUGCAGUGUCGAGUGCUGAACAAGCCGUAUGACAUUUUUGGCACCUGGUACAAUGAUCAAUACCUGCUGUCUGGUGACCUGCACUGGCUGGCACACCUGGUGAGUCGCAGUGUUAUCUGGCUCAACAAGGCAAAUCAAGAAACCAGGUCAGAACACGAUGCAAUCCUGGUCUGCCUCUACAAGUUCUACAACAGAAAUGCAUCCAGUGUCCGCACCAUCCUUGUGUCCAACUGCCUGGCCCCGGACACUCCCAGCGCCCCCACGGAGGUCAGGGAGAGGGCCAAGGAGAGGAGGGUGGAAAAGGAGGCUGAGGGAAGAACAGAGGGAGCAGGAGUACCUCGGUCAACAGAAGAGGUAACACAGGACUGGGAGGAGGACCACGAGCCAGCCCCUCCCAUGUCCCUUGCUGAGGACUGCGACAAGUUCCUCAUAUUCACCACAGGCUCCAAGACUUACUCCCCACACCAGAUAGGCUUCAAGAGGAUCAAGAAGUUUACAAUACCAACUGUCCUGGAGGUGGGGCCAUGUCUAAGGGAGAGAAUACAGCAGCGAGAGCACCAGAGGGAACUGAGGGAGCUGGGACUGUACCAAGACCCUAACUGGUUGGAUUUCGAUUCAGUGGCAGAAAGAUUUGACCACAUAGACCACCUGAUAGACCUCAACGGACAUAUAAUAGGCAUGGGUCUCUCCCCGGACCACAGGUACCUGUAUGUAAACAGUCGGCCGUGGCAGGCUAACUGUGUGGUGGAGAGCCCCUUGAGUCCCCCACGCAUUGCUGAGGGCAUCGACCUGCAUGUCAUUGACCUCACCAACCUGACUGAGGUUGGCACAAUGUUACGCUCCCACAAGGCUUACACGCCAAAUGACGAGUGUUUCUUUAUCUUCCUGGACGUGUCUCACCAGUAUGUUGCAAGUGGUGCGGAGGACAAGCAUGGCUACAUCUGGGAGAGGCACUAUGGAGUCUGCCUGUCUCGCCUGCCUCACAAGGACGUGGUGAAUGCCGUGGCCUUCAACCCUAGGGACCCCGAGAUGCUCAUCACUGUGAGUGACGACCACACCAUCAAGAUCUGGCGGUCAAGGAGAAGAGCGAGAGCAUUAGGCAUUGACCCUAAUGAAGCUGGUAGGACGGCCAAGGAGCUGAGGGUGAAGCAUCCCAAACCCCCCCCCGCCCCCUCCUGAGGAAACAUCCUUCUCCCUCUGACCCUGCAUCCUGCUCCCUGAGCCGUUGUAGAAGCCAUCUGUCCUUGCCCUUGUCCAGGUAAGGUAAGUGAGUCACUUCACUGGAGAGAAAGAGAUAGGGGGAAGUAUAGAUGCUUGGGUGGUGUCUGGCCAGCCUCACCCAGCCUCACCCAGCACAGCCUCCCAGAACCCAGCAGUUAGACCCUCACCUGACUCACUGCCUUGCUUCCCUGAGUCUUGAGGAUCAGCACAAUUAGUAGCAGUGUAUAUAAAUCACGUGUUUUUUAGCCAAGGCCUGCUAGUCUGAUUUUGCUCUCCUGAAAAUGCUGUGAUACGUUAUUUGCUGUAGUGAGUGUGCAGGGGAGAGUUUGGUGAGUACUGUGGCAAAGAGAGAUGACUGGGUUGACUGAUUGAUUGAUGGGAAGUACAGGAUUGAUGCUUGGUUGAGAUUGAUGGGGUGUCUUUGUAUUGACUUGUAUGAAGGAGAGGAUAAGAUGCUGUGUUGUGGGAGGAGUUGACAGGAUUGAUGGUGAAUUGAUGGGCUGUACAGGAUUGACACUUGGUUGAGAUUGAUCAGGUCUUUGCAUUUAUUUGUUUGAAGGAGUUGUGGGAGGAGUUGAGGGGAUUAAUUGAUUGAUUGAUUGUUGAGGAUUUGAUGGUUGAGACUGAUGGGCUGUCCUUGUAUUCUUAUAGCCAGGAAAAAGAGAGAGAGAGAGAGAGAGAGAGAGAGAGAGAGAGAGAGAGAGGAGAGAGAGAGAGAGAGAGAGAGAGAGAGAGAGAGAGAGAGAGAGAGAGCUGUCAUUUUUGCAUUUUAAUUUUCACACACUCACUUGACCCACAAUUUGAACUGACCCAACUUCAUUUUCUUGCUCCAUUUAAUCUAACCACAAAUGACAUGUCACUUCAUCUCACUUCAGUAACUCCCUGUAUGACUUACCAAGCUAUGAUAAGACUAAAGUCACUAAAAGAAGUUAUAAAUUAAGGUAUACUCAAUUUUUUCUUAUGGGUAUCUUUCAAAAUCACUAGGAAUUUACACAUCAAUUUUUUGCUAAUUUUGGGUGGACACUGUCAGCCAACUGUCUGACUGUUAAUGGUAUGUGUUGUUCUGUUUUUAGCUGUCAUAGGCAAACAGUUUUACUGUUAAAAAAUUACUAAGGAACUUCUCUACAUAUUCAGUGGUAUCUUUUACUGUGAGUGUAGUCUUUCAGUACCCUUGUUUAAAUUUAUAAAACAAUUGUAUUGAGAUGAGAAGGUAUAGCAAAGUCUUAAGGGGAUAAGCAGAAAUCUUAUCUAAUUUCUUGCUUGACUUAUCAAGAAUGUUAAGAAUGUAAGGAGAUUGAAAGACCUGUCAGUAUUGCUGGGUGCAAGAGACCUGUCAAUAUUACUGCUUGGUUUUGUGUGACUGAUCAAAACUGCUAAGAACACGAAACUGCAAGAAACCUGUCAAUAUUACUAGGUUUUGUCUGACGUAUCAAGAGUGGGACGUAAUACAAGAGGCCUGUCAGUAUUGCUGGGUUUGUGUGUCGCUGAGUAGAGGAGUGACGUGUGCUGUGCUGUAGGUGCAUGGGGCUGUAGAGAGGAGGUUCCUGCUGGGGUGUGCUGCCGCUGGGGUGCAAGUAGGUGCCUGCAUACUGUAUGCUGCUCUGUGGUGUUUGGUGGUGCUUGUGUGAGGUGGUGGAGAUGGUGUGUGUGUGUGUGUGGGGGUGAGGGUGCAGAGAGAGAGGAAAGGAGAAGAAAAUGAUUGUAUGUGUGUGAGAGAGAGAGAAAAUAGGAGUGUGUAUGUGUGUGAGUGAUGGAAUCAUAGUGUAUUGGAGUGUGUAUGUGCCUGGAAGAAAGAAGUGUAUGUGUUUGGGAGUGAGAUGAUAAUGUGUGUGCUUGUGAGAGAAUAAGAUGGUGUGUGUGUGUGUGUGUGUGUGUGUGUGAGAGAGAGAGAGAGAGAGAGAGAGAGAGAGAGAGAGAGAGAGAGAGAGAGAGAGAAUUAUAGUGUGUACGUGUCUGGAAAGGAGAGAAAAGUGUUCAUGUAUGUUUGGGUAUGAGAUGAUAGUGUGUGUAAAUCAGAGAGAGAGAGAGAGAGAGAGAGAGAGAGAGAGAGAGAGAGAGAGAGAGAGAGAGAGAGAGAGAGAGAGAGAGAGAGAGAGAGAGAGAGAGAGAAUAUUUGUAUAAAAGAAAAACAAUUGCAAGUAGAAAAGAGAGAAAAAAAAAAUUGCCAUGUAAGUGUUCUUGCUAUUUAUCUAUAUAUUCAUUAGCUCCAACACUACAAGCACCAAGUGAAACAUCAGAGCAUAUAAAGAUAAAGCAUUGAAAACUAACUAGUAGAUGGUACAAAAAAGAAUCAGGCAGGUUGUUGUUUUUUUUUUUUUUCAUGGUGGAUGCUUUGCCAAAGAGCUUUAGCCUGUCGCCCAUCAUACACGAAAUCAUAGCUUGAUUGCCAAAAUAUAUAUAGUGUUGUAUAGUUGGCAAAUAUGUAUUGAUGCAAGAAUCUCUGUGUAUUUUGAGUUAAUGGAGGAAUCAUGAGAGUAUUUUUCAUGUGGGGUGUUGUAUAUUGUUUGUUGCUCUACUCUUCGAUGUGGGAUUAAAAGUACUGAUUGAUUUAAUAUUUUUUUUAUGGUUGUCUUUUGCGCUUUUCUCUCUUUCCUGUACAAGAUUGAGGAGUGUUGAAUUUUGGCUCCAGAUUAAUUUUUUCAUGGGUGUCUUUUGAUCACUUCUUUGUUUCCUGUACAAAAUUGAGUGUCAAAUUCUGGUACCAAAGUAUUUUUCUUAUGGGUGUCUGUUGAUUGCUCCUUUCUUUUUGUACAGGACUGAGGAGUGUUGAAUUCUGGCACCAAGUUAUUUUUUCUAAUGGGUUUCAUACUGUCACUCCUUUCUUUGCUGUACAAAAGUGAGUGUUGAAUUCUGUCAUUAAACAAUUUUUUUG